GGUAGUGUCCCCAGUGCCGCUGCAACGCUAACGCCCCCAUCCAUCUGCGGGCAAGACGCCGCCCAUUACGCACCAUCCCCAACCACACUCUCUCGAACAGACACAUCUGGCAUCAUCAUCCAAACCAGCAUCACUACCACCUACCGCCAGCACUGUUGCCUGCUCCCACAACCAUAGUAUAAAUAACAGCACGCAGAAGCCAGCCCCCAUUCUCAGCCUCGAAAGCCCCCUCUUCACCAGCCGCUGUCCUGUCCUCAGCAGCGCAACCAGCUCCAACAUGAGCGCCCCAAGAUUCAAUGCCAAGUCGCCCACGAUAAGGCGCAUCCUCAAGGAAGCCGCCGAGCUCACAAACUCGCCCUCGCCCGACUACGUCGCCACGCCCCUCGAAUCAGACCUGUUCGAGUGGCAUUUCACCCUCCGCGGGCCCCCGCAGUCCGACUUUGCCCAGGGCAUCUACCACGGCCGCAUCGUGCUCCCGCCGACGUACCCCCUGCGCCCGCCCUCGUUCCGCUUCACCACGCCCAGCGGCCGCUUCGAGCCGAACCGCGAGAUCUGCCUGAGCAUCUCGGGCCACCACGAGGAGACGUGGCAGCCCGCCUGGGGCGUGCGCACCGCCCUCGUCGCGCUGCGCAGCUUCAUGGAGAGCGACGCAAAGGGCCAGAUUGGCGGCAUCGACUCGAGCGAGGCCGUGCGCCUGCGCUUUGCUGCCGAGAGCAGGCGGUGGCAGUGCCCCGGGUGCGCAAAGACCAACGAGGACAUCCUUGCCGAGUCAGAGGCCCGGUGGAAGGAGCUCGAUGCCGCCGCCGCGGGGUCCGGAUCAGGCAGUGGCGAUGGCACCGGGAGUAGAAAAGAGGUGGAGAUACCGGCAGAGUUGAAAAUGGGAUUCCGCGACGAAAUGGAGGCGGCGGCGGCGGCUGCGAAGGCAGGGUCGGGCAGUCAGCCAGGCCAGACCGGGUCGUCUUCAGCAGAUGCUAUUGACGAGGAGAGCGCGCAGCUUGCCGAGGGUUUCGUGCAGACUGCCCCCAUCGCAAAUGACAGCAAUUCAAGUCCGGCACCACAAGCGCAUGCCCGGCAAAAUCCACCCGCGCCAACCCGGACGAUACCUCUUCCACCACCCCAACAGCCACAGAUGCGGCAAGCGAUUCGGCCAAUCGACCCGAGCGCAGGAGUGCCGCCAUGGGUGGACUAUGCCAUUGCCACAUUGGUGUGCAUAUUGGCUGCCAUGGUGUUCAAGAUCAUGUCGGGAUACUAGCUGUAGAAGCGGAUGAUGGAGUAGAAUAGCCUAUAGCCACUAAUGAGUUCACGAUAUUAUGAUUUCAA